AAGGAGGAGCUGGCCCAGCAGUACGAGCUGAUCCUGCAGGAGUGCGGCCACGGGCGCUUCCAGUGGACGCUCUACUUCGUGCUGGGGCUGGCCCUCAUGGCCGACGGCGUGGAGAUCUUCGUGGUGGGCUUUGUCCUCCCCAGCGCCGAGAAGGACAUGUGCCUGUCGGACUCCAACAAAGGCAUGCUGGGCCUCAUCGUCUACCUGGGCAUGAUGGUGGGAGCGUUCCUGUGGGGCGGCCUGGCGGAUCGGAUCGGCCGGAGACAGUGCCUCCUCAUCUCCCUCUCGGUCAACAGCGUCUUCGCCUUCUUCUCCUCCUUCGUGCAAGGCUACGGCACCUUCCUCUUUUGCAGGCUGCUCUCCGGCGUGGGCAUCGGGGGCUCGAUCCCCAUUGUCUUUUCCUACUUCUCGGAGUUCCUCGCCCAGGAGAAGCGCGGUGAGCACCUCAGCUGGCUCUGCAUGUUCUGGAUGAUCGGGGGCAUUUACGCGUCCGCCAUGGCCUGGGCCAUCAUCCCUCACUACGGCUGGAGUUUCCAGAUGGGCUCCGCGUACCAGUUCCACAGCUGGAGGGUCUUCGUCUUGGUCUGCGCCUUCCCCUCCGUCUUUGCCAUCGGCGCGCUCACCACCAUGCCUGAGAGCCCCCGCUUCUUCCUGGAGAACGGGAAGCACGACGAGGCCUGGAUGGUGCUGAAGCAGGUUCACGACACCAACAUGAGAGCCAAGGGCCACCCCGAGAGGGUCUUCUCGGUGACCCACAUCAAAACCAUCAAGCAGGAGGACGAGCUGAUUGAGAUCCAGUCGGACACCGGCACCUGGUACCGACGCUGGAUGGUUCGGAUCCUGAACCUCUCGCAGCAGGUCCGGAACAACUUCGUGCAGUGCUUUGCCCCCGAGUACCGGCGCGUCACUCUCAUGAUGAUGGCCGUGUGGUUCACCAUGUCUUUCAGUUACUACGGCUUGACCGUCUGGUUCCCAGACAUGAUCAAGCAUUUGCAGAACAUCGAAUACGCCUCCCGCACCAAGCUCUUCACCCGGGAGAAGGUGGAGCACUUCACCUUCAACUUCACCCUGGAGAACCAGAUCCACCGCGAUGGGCAAUACUUCAAUGACAAGUUCAUCGGCCUCAAGCUGAAAUCGGUCUCCUUUGAGGACUCCCUCUUUGAGGAGUGCUACUUUGAAGACAUCACUUCCAGCAACACCUUCUUCCGGAACUGCUCCUUCAUCUCCACCGUCUUCUACAACACAGACCUGUUCGAGUACAAAUUCAUCAACAGCAAAAUCAUCAACAGCACUUUCCUGCACAACAAAGAAGGCUGCCAGCUGGACUUCAGCGAUGACAACAAUGCCUACAUGAUCUACUUCGUCAGCUUCCUGGGCACCCUCGCCGUGCUGCCGGGGAACAUCGUCUCGGCCCUGCUCAUGGACAAGAUCGGGCGCCUCCGGAUGCUGGCCGGCUCCAGCGUGAUGUCGUGCAUCAGCUGCUUCUUCUUGUCGUUCGGGAACAGCGAGUCGGCCAUGAUCGCCCUGCUCUGCCUUUUCGGGGGGGUGAGCAUCGCCUCCUGGAACGCCCUGGACGUGCUGACGGUGGAGCUGUACCCUUCGGACAAAAGGACGACAGCCUUCGGCUUCCUCAAUGCCCUCUGCAAAUUGGCGGCCGUCCUGGGCAUCAGCAUCUUCACAUCCUUCGUCGGCAUCACGAAAGCCGUGCCCAUUUUGCUGGCCUCAACGGCACUGGCGGUGGGCAGCUCGCUAGCGUUGAAGCUGCCGGAGACGCGCGGGCAGGUGUUGCAGUGAGUGGGGGGUGCGCCCCCAGGUUUCCCCCACCCCCCCCAGGGAGAUUAGAAUUGUUAGACACUGUGAAAUGUCUUAUUUUCUCAUAUUGAUGAUUUUAUUUUUUUGCUCCCCUCCCCCAUCUCCUUCUUUCCCCUCCGCUCCCCCCCUUUUUCCGGUGUCAUAACAUGUGUGAGGAUCAGCUCAUUCGUUGCGGGAGUUGGGGAGGUUUGAAAACUUCACUGAGAAGGAGAGGGGGGAAAAAACCCCUCUGUGCACUAAAUUCAGCCUGGGAAUAGCCCGGCCCUGGCAGCGUGAAUCGAUUCACUGGGCCGGCGGCCGAUUGG